GGUAAAACGCCUCGCCUCGGGGUUUUGCGCCUAAUUAGAUACUGGAAUACGUCAAUGUAGUAAGGAGACAUAUAAGUUUCUCCUAAACAUAACUAGAUGAAUAUAGGAAAUCAAUAUUAUAGAAGAAAAUUAACGUCAACUACAAAAUCAAUUUUCUAUAUCAAGAUUUUCAAUAGCUCAAGAACUUUGUGAGCUAUGAUUCUAGGAAUUCGUGACCUAUGUUUUUGUCAUUAAGUAUUGAGUAAGUUAUUAAUCAUUUUAACUGAAGUGAGGAAGUGUUGUAGAUUAUUAUUUCAUUCAUCAUGCAGUGCGAAUAGGUUUUUUCUUCCAGCGCCUAGGCACACUUAGUCUACGCCUAGGCGAGCUAGGCACUAGGCAAAGUCUCAAUGUAUGCCUUACGCCUAGCGCCUUUUUGAACCUCGCCAAGUAUUAUUGAAAAAAGUCCAAAUAUGGAAAUACAAAUACACAUGAAAGAAAAUGGGCGAGACUAAGCAGGUUCAAAGUAGUAACCCAUGCCCCGGCCCACGGUACUGCGAGUCGGGUAAUACCCUGGAGGAUGAGUUCAAAUUGUCAUCCCUAAUUAGAAUAUGUGAAGAAUAUAUACUCUUUGUAGUUGUUCUAGUGUUAACGAAGAAAGUGACCUAUCAACUACGAAUUUUUGGGAUCGAUUACCUUGUUAACCAUAAGGAAACAUUAUAUUAAUCAUGAGUUGCAGUAGUACAAUCAUCGUUCUAGUUAUUGUUUUUGCGCUUAUAAUAUUAUUAUUUUUCAUGUUAUAAGACUACAACUCCAACACAAUCAUAAUUGUAGUGAUUGAUUUUACGAUUAUGGUCAUUUUUAAAAAAAUUUAUGACUACAAUAAACACUACAAGUCUACAACUCAUUGUUAACACAAUAUCCCAUCCCAGAUAUUUUUCAACCACACUAGUCAGGAUGAAAUCCCAUAAUACAUAUAUUUAAAAAAAAAAUUCUCAAAAUACACACAGUAUAAAAAAAAUCCCAAAAUACACAUGUUUGUGCAUCACCGCUGUUGUCAACCGCAGUGAAUGCAUUCACCGCGGCAGACCAAAGCAGUGAAUGCAUCACCGCGGUUGACGGCCGCGGUGAAUGCCUGACGUAACACUCAAACUUCAAACAAACGUAACUUUGCGCUCGGUUAUCCGAUUGUAGCGAAUUUUUUUUUUUAUUCCAUAUAACUUUUCAAGAUCUUUCAAUCUGCAGAAAGACUUAAUCUCAAAAAAAUGUCGUUUGUUACCCCGAACGAGCAAUUUGUCGAUUUUUCCAAACUUUGGAAGAUCAUAACUUUUAGCUCGUCAAUCCGAACGUCGUAAUUUUUUUUUAUUGCGCAUAACUUUUUAAGAACUACAACUUUUACUAGGAAAGAAUUUUUAAAAAGAGAAAUUUUUUUUGGGUAUACGGGAUUUUGGCAAUACCUUUGCCUUUACUUUCACAAAUCCACAUACUUUCCAAAAUUAUGGUUAUAAUAAAAGUUGUAGUACUUCAAAAGUUAUGCGAAAUCAAAAAAAGUUUCAUGACAUUCGGAUUGUGGAGCACAAAGUUAUGGUCUUCCAAAGUUUGUCAAAAUUGAAAAAUUGCUCGUUCGGGGUAGCAAACGAAUUUUUUUUGGGAUGAAGGCUUGUUGCAGAUUGAAAGAUCUUGAAAAGUUACGUGAAAUCAAAAUAAAUUCGCUACAAUCGGAUAACCGAGCGCAAAGUUACGUUUGUUUGAAGUUUCAGUGUUACGUCAGGCAUUCACCGCUUUGGUCUGCCGCGGUGAAUGCAAUCACUGCGGUUGACAACAGCGGUGAUGCCCAAACAUGUGUAUUUUGAGAAAUUUUUUUAUAACGUGUGUAUUUUGGGAAUUUUUGUUAAAAACAUGUGUAUUUUAAGAUUUUUCGGUUUAACUUUAGCACCUACCCGUGUAAAUUCCAGCCGCACCGGUUAUUUAACGGCCCUCAAAACAUGCCACCAUAUAAAAUCCGUCAAUGUUGAGAGGACUCUUUUCUUCCUCGGCAUUACUUUUUUAUUUCUCCUCUCGGCCUCUCCGUUUUCUCCCGCCUCCACUACUCAUAAAGCCUAAAACCCUAAACCCUAAUUUCCAAACACAUAUGGGCCGUCGAAAGAACAACGCCAACAAGAACAUCAAUACUUCAGCGAGCUUCCCAGCAUCCCAGCAGCCUCAGGGCUCAAAGAUCCUGUUCCAGGACGCAGAAGAGGACAAGCCGGCCAUGGACAGUUCUAAUCUCGACGUCUCUACUACUAUUCCCAGCGACAAAGCCAUUGCUAUGGACGAUGACUCCAUGUCAGAGGCCGACGCUGCUGUUACCGGGCCCAAUCACGGAGACGACGACCAAACCAGCGCCGAUUACUACUUCGAUUCUUACUCCCACUUUGGCAUUCACGAAGAAAUGCUGAAGGACGUUGUGAGAACCAAGACAUACCAAAAUGUCAUUUAUCAGAAUAAGUUUCUCUUCAAGGAUAAAGUAGUGCUUGAUGUUGGUGCCGGGACUGGAAUUUUAUCCUUGUUCUGUGCUAAAGCUGGAGCAGCCCAUGUUUAUGCGGUUGAGUGCUCGAGCAUGGCUAACAUGGCGAAGGAAAUUGUUGAAUCGAAUGGCAUGUCGGAUGUUGUAACGGUUUUAAAGGGAAAGAUUGAAGAAAUAGAGCUCCCAGUGAAUAAAGUGGAUGUAAUAGUUUCAGAAUGGAUGGGAUACUUUCUCUUGUUUGAGAACAUGUUGAAUACAGUUUUGUACGCACGUGAUAAAUGGCUUGUCAACGAUGGUAUUGUGCUACCCGACAAAGCUUCCCUUUUUUUGACAGCCAUUGAGGAUGCAGACUACAAAGAUGAUAAGAUUGAAUUUUGGAAUAAUGUCUAUGGUUUUGACAUGAGCUGCAUUAAGAGGCAAGCUAUCAUGGAACCUUUAGUUGACACCUGCGAGCAGAAUCAAAUUGUUACAAACUCCCAACUACUCAAGACGAUGGACAUCUCCAAGAUGACUUCUGGUGAUUGUUCGUUUACUGCCCCCUUCAAACUGGUGGCAGAGCGUAACGAUUUUAUCCAUGCAUUGGUUGCCUACUUUGAUGUAUCAUUUACCAAAUGCCAUAAACUGAUGGGAUUUUCCACAGGCCCAAGAUCAAGGGCUACACAUUGGAAACAGACAGUGCUGUACUUGGAGGAUGUGUUAACAAUAUGUGAAGGCGAGGUGCUGAGUGGAAGCAUGACGGUUUCCCAGAAUAAGAAGAAUCCUAGAGACGUUGACAUAACGGUCAAAUAUGCAUUGAAUGGCAAGCGCUGUGUUGUUGCGAGAACUCAGCACUAUAGGAUGCGAUGAUGAUGAUUGAGCUCUCAUCUCAUCAACUCCUUUGCUUCUCUUCAAAGGAAGAAGAAGAAGAAGAAGAAGAAGAAGAAGAGCAAGUACUACGAUGAUAGUAUUGAUUUCCAUCAAUCACUGACUGCCUGCCAUAUCUCUGUUGAUUGAUCCAGAAGAAGUGUGUUUCCCUAAUUAUUUUUCUUUCCUCUUUUCAAUUCAAUCCUCAAAAUCCUGGUGGGGGGACAAUAUACUGAUGAAAAUCAUGAAAUUGUGGUAAUUAAUUUUGAGUUAUCUU